UCCCCCACCAGCCGUGCUCCUGUUUCACUCAAAGAUGGCGUCGGCUCUAGAGCCCCUAGUCUCUGGCUGCAUUUUUCGGCUUGUUGUUGUCUCCGUUUCACACGGGUUUGGCACCUUCUCCUCGGCGGCUCGACACGAAAUUCCGGGUUUGUCAGCUACUGAGGUGUAAUAGGCAUGAAGGUGAUCAGCCCUGGCUGCUCCCUGGGGUGAGAUAUCUGUUCCGUCCCAGAGCUGAGAAGCCCAGACUGCUGGAUGAGUAAAAGGCAGUGAGAAAGUACAAGAGAAGCAGAAGCAAUGUGGAUCCUACUUUUGCGGAAAGUUGUAUUCAGCAGAUCACUUUUUACUUUAUUUCCCUUACCUUCAUUGUUAAAACGCUAAUUUAAUGUCAUGGACACUGUUACCAUAUAUCACUGCUCAUAGUGAGCAUCGAUAUGCUUGCCACUGACAAAAACUGACAGUUUUAUUGUCCAUGUAUUCGUACGUUGGGAUAGGUGAAGUGGAAACUACAUUAUUUUUAUGACAACCUCCCUCAUCUUAAACCUAUAUUGCAUUGUAAGUGUUGUGGGGCUGUCAGUGACUAGUAGAGCUGCUGCUCUUUCCUCUCCCCCUGCUUUCUGCCAGGGACCUUCACCUGGCGGGGGGUCGGUUGACCGGUUUUUACCAGGUGGAGGGUUGGCUCUGGGUUUGUGCUAUGGUUAGCUGCUCCCUACCGUGCUGUUCAUACUCAGCUUCUGAGGGACUAUCUGUGAGACCCCAGGACAAAGGAUAGUAAGCAGGUAGAGGGCUAGGAGGAGGAGAAAGAAGAGGCGGCGCUACGGCGCAGGCCAGGAGUUUCCUUGGCUUAGAGUCUCUGUUUUUUUUUUUUGUUUUUUUUUUUGUGCGGUCAUUGCGGUAGGGCCCCAGAGCCCCCGCACCCCAACAGACUGCAGCCAUGGUGAAACUGGCCAACCCAAUGUACACACAAUGGAUCCUAGAGGCCAUCAAAAAGGUGAAAAAGCAGAAGCAGCGACCAUCCGAAGAGCGCAUUUGCAAUGCGGUUAAUAUGUCCCAUGGCCUGGACCGCAAAACGGUUCUAGAACAGUUAGAACUUAGCGUCAAGGAUGGCACCAUUCUUAAGGUCACCAACAAAGGUCUCAACUCCUACAAGGAUCCUGACAACCCAGGACGUUUGGCUUUGCCCAAGCCCAAAGGUGGCAGCUCUGGAGGAGGCGGUGGAGGUGGAGGUGGAGGUGGAGGCGGAGGCGGAGGCGGAGGUGGUGGCGGCAGCAGCAGUGGUAGUGGAGGUUCUCACUCCCAUUCAGGGAAGAAACCGGGACUUGACUGGAACAAGCUUAUCAAACGGGCACUGGAGGGACUUCAUGAGCCUGGUGGUUCCAGUUUAAAGAACAUUGAACGGUUUCUGAAGUGCCAGGCUGAUGUGGCAGCUUACUUGUCUGGCAGUGGGUCUAUGGGAACUGGGCUCUUCCACCAGCAACUGAGGGUGGCCCUUAAGAGGGCUGUGGCCCAUGGACGUGUGGCCAAGCAGGGUCCACUGUUCCAGCUAGUGAGUCGCAGCAGCUCGCAGGAUGAUGGGACUGGGACGGUGUCUUUGGACUCACUGCCGCCUGUCCGCCUGUUGCCCCAUGAGAAGGACAAGCCGGUGGCAGAGCCCAUCCCCAUCUGCAGCUUCUGUUUGGGGACCAAGGAGCAGAAUCGUGAUAAGAAGCCAGAGGAGCUCAUCUCCUGCGCCGACUGUGGAAACAGUGGCCACCCGUCCUGUCUCAAGUUCUCCCCAGAGCUCACAGCGAGAGUCAAGGCGCUGUGGUGGCAGUGCAUUGAAUGCAAGACUUGCAGCAGCUGUCAGGAUCAAGGAAAGAAUGCGGACAACAUGUUGUUUUGCGAUUCCUGUGACCGGGGCUUCCACAUGGAAUGCUGUGAUCCUCCCCUCAUGCGGAUGCCAAAAGGCAUGUGGAUUUGUCAAAUCUGCCAACCGAGGAAAAAGGGAAAGAAGCUUUUACAUGAAAAGGCAGCACAAAUCAAACGGCGCUACAAUGCACCGCUGGGACGGCCCAAGAACAGCAGGCCAGGGCGACCCUUCAAGAAGCUGGGUGGGCGCGGCCGGCGAAAGCGCUCAGCCUCAGCCAACUCAUCCUCCAGCUCGUCCUGUGAGGGUUACCCCGGUGACGAUCGGCUGCUUUUUUCGAUGCGGGAGGACGACGACCUGACGCAGAGCAGCCUGCGCUUCAACAACAAGACUAAGGGUCUGAUUGACGCACUCACAAAGUUCUUCACACCGUCGCCUGAGGGUCGCAAGGCGCGCCAGGAAGUGGUGGACUACUCACAGCAGUGCCGCAUCCGUAAGAAAGCCAGCCGCAAGGGAGAUGGAGAUGACAGGGCGGACAAUCAAGAAGGCAGCGACUGGCGUGAGGAAGAUGACAAACUGCCUGGUCAUGAGAACCUGACGGAAAAAGACAUUGAACUGUUCAGACACAUCCAGGAGCUGGCACUACAGAAAGUCGGUGUGACCGGUCCGCCUGAUCCUCAGAUGCGCUGUCCGUCAGUCAUCGAGUUUGGCAAGUUUGAAAUUCAGACGUGGUAUUCAUCUCCAUACCCACAGGAAUACAGCAGACUCCCUAAGCUGUACCUGUGUGAAUUCUGCCUGCGCUACAUGAAAAGUCGCAGCAUCCUCUACCAGCACAUGAAGAAGUGCCAGUGGUUCCACCCACCUGCCAACGAGAUCUAUAGGAAGGAUGAUGUCUCUGUAUUUGAGGUUGAUGGAAAUGUUAGCACAAUCUACUGUCAGAACCUGUGUCUGCUGGCCAAGCUGUUCCUGGACCACAAGACCUUGUACUAUGAUGUGGAACCCUUCCUUUUUUACGUCCUGACCCAGAAUGACGGCAAAGGUUGUCACCUCGUUGGAUACUUUUCCAAGGAGAAGCACUGUCAACAGAAAUACAACGUAUCAUGCAUCAUGAUUCUUCCACAGUACCAGCGCAAGGGCUAUGGACGCUUUCUCAUCGAUUUCAGCUACCUGUUGUCAAAGCGUGAGGGCCAGCCGGGAUCACCAGAGAAGCCUCUGUCGGACCUUGGUCGAUUGUCAUACAUGGCCUAUUGGCGCAGCGUUGUGCUGGAGUGCCUCCAUGAAGUACGUGACCGACAGAUCACUAUACGUCAUUUAAGCAAGUUGACCGGGAUCUGCCCGCAGGACAUCACCACCACCCUGCACAGCCUCAACAUGCUGGAGCAGAGAGGAGAAAGACUGGUUCUGGUGCGACGGGAGAAGCUUGUGACUACUCACAUGGCUCGUCUUAAGGCCCGGCCACGGCAGUUGGAGGUUGACCCUGAGUGUCUCCGCUGGACUCCUGUCAUCGUAACCAACACAGUUGUCUCUGACGCCGAUGGAGACGAUGACGAUGAGGAGGACGAUGAAGAGCCAGAAGAAGACAGCCGCAAAGAGAUCAAACCAAGUCACAAGGUCUCAUCGAUGUCUUGGCACAUGCGGCAGGGGAAGAAGAGGGAGGAAGAAGAAGAUGAGGAUGAGGAGGAAGAGGAAGAGGAGAGAAAAGGCUUCCUGGGGUUUCCCCUUAGCCAAAGUUCCCCCACCUCCCCUCCCUUACGGGGUCCUCCACCUGGCUCGGAACAACAGCGACCACCUCCGCCAACAAAUGGGGAACGUAGACCACGGGGGCGCCCACCCAAAAACUGGCCUUGGGGCAAAGUGAAGGACAGCACACGGGUGGGACGGCCAGCCAAAAUCUGCCCGGUAGAGGAUGAGGAUGAUGACGACGAUACGACAGAGGGCGGUAAAACCUUAGGCUCGGCCACUAGCCCACCGUCUCUUUUCUCCCUGGACAGACAAGCCGAGUCCACACCUUUUCACUCACUGGACAUGGCCCGGCACCCCUCCAUAACCCCUAAUCGGAGAGGACGGCCCCCCAGGAAAAAGAGAGGCCCCAAACCUAGACUGUCAGAGGGACCCGGAGACGGUCUAGGACACCUCCCUGCCAUUCCCAGGCUGAGUGACUCUCCUCCUGGCAGGAAAAGCUGCUUCAGUGAGAGCAGCGAAGAGGAGGAAGACGAUGAUGAUGAUGAAGAUGAAGAUGAGGAUGAUGAGGACAGGAGGGCAUGUUCCCCACCUAUCCUCACCAAGCCAGCCAUGGGGCUCAAAUGCAAAAAGCCCUUACGGAAGCGUCGUUUUCGUCAGCGCAGCCACCCUCACAGCAGCGUGGUGACGGAGACCAUUUCCGAGACCACAGAGGUCUUAGAUGAGCCCUUUGUAGAUUCAGACUCAGAGAGGCCUAUGCCCAGGCUGGAGGAGGAGACGCCACUGGGACACCCUUUGCGCCGUUACCCACCAGCCCGCUCUGCUCUGCGGUUGUCGGAUCCAUCGCCUAAAAGGGGCCGGCCCUCCAAUCUCACAGAUUCAGAGGAAGAUGAGUUGACGCCUCUACUGAAGCCUGUGGCUGCUUUGUCGGCACCUCCCACAGAGACCUCAACAGCCAACCCUGAAGUCCCAGUCAAAAAGAAGAAAGGCUGGCCGAAGGGAAAGAGCCGCAAACCACUGCAUUGGAAAAAACGGGGGCCCGGAAGACCGCCCGGCAGUGGACCCAACCAGCGAGCAGCUGCUGACAGUCAAGCCCAGAGCGGGGAUCCUCCACCUCCCAAGAUCAAGAUGAAGCCUGGCCGCAAGCCCCGAAGCUGGUAUCUGCAAAGAGCCCAGGAGGAGGCAGAGCGGCAGGAACAGGAAAGACGCAGACUGCUUGAGGAGCAGCUCGACAAAGACCCGCAGCUACACGAUGCAGACGACCGCAGCAGUAGCAGCAGCAGCAAGCGAAUGUGCAGAACCAACGCAGAAAGAGAUACCAAACAGAAAGACUCAGAUGAAGAGGAUGACUAUAUUCCAAAGCCUGUGGAGCAGAAAGUCCCCAAGAGGCGAGGCAGACCUCCCAAGAACCCAGCCCUCCGCCAGCCCCCACAGCCUGCCCCCAAACCACCUCCCGCUUCAGAACCAGAGGAAGACGACGAAGACGAUGAAGAGGAUGACGCCGAGCGAACCUGGGAAGAAGACAAACCCAGCCGUCCUCCCUCACGUCCCCUGCUAUCCCCUUCUUCCUCGUCGUCCACCUCUGGGCCCCGGGCAUCACAGUCCCGGCCUCAGGACACAGAUAUAGGUGACAGAGAGGAAGACGAAUAUGACGAAGAGAGGGAGGAAGAGGAGUGUGGCAGCAUGGGCAGUGGUGGCGGCAGUAUCAGCAGGCGAGCAGCUGUCACACCAGGGUCAGGAAGCAGACGCAGCGAUGACCAUGAUGCAGAUGAUGAAGGUGAUGGGCAUUUGGAAGACAAGAACAACAGUAGUAAGAAAAGAAAAAGUCAGGACUCUGAUGAUGAGGAUGACGAUGAGGAUGAAGAGGAGGAGCCUGCCUCACGUGCAAGCUCUCCGCCCGUCAAAGAAGAACCUCAAGGUGGAGAAGCUUUUUUAGACAUGGAGAACAGCGUGGCCAGAGAAUAUGUCAGCAAGCAGGAGGAGGAGGAAGAGGAGGAGGAGGAGGCUGAGGAGGAGGUACAAGGGGCCAAGUGCCAGCCCUCCUCGGCUGACCCACAGCAGGAAGAGCGGCGGCGCAGAGAACAGGAGGAAUCUGCUGCAGCCGCCGCAGCGGUAGAAACGGUUACGGCCAUGUCUGUUCCCUCGGAGCCGAUGGAGCUCCAGCCUCUGCACCCAGAUGAUAAGAACGUCACGCUGUUAAUGGAGCCCCAGCACACACACACACACUCCCACCCUCAUCAGCACUCUGACUUCAAAGAGGAGCUGGGCCACCAUCACCCACACCACCCCCAUCACCACUCCAAUGAGCUGGACCUGGAGACAGUGCAGGCCGUCCAGUCCCUGACACAGGGGGAAGCCCAGGACGAAGAGACCGAGCCCCACCCACACCACGGGGCUUACCAGGACUGUGAGGAGACCCUAGCUGCCUGCCGGACCCUGCAGAGUUACAGCCACACGGGGGAAGCAGAGGAGGAGGCUUUGGCCCUAGUGGAAGAGUGUGGGGCCUCGCAACAUAGCAGUCCCAUGCCUAAUCCGCCGAUGCCUCCUCUGCCGAGUCAGUCUGUGCGCUCAGUGAACAGCCCCGGGUUGCCCUCGGGCAUGAUGGACACAACACCAGCAGGACAGAGGGGGGGGACGCCUGGCCCUACUGGAGCAGGGGGAAGUAGUGGAGGCGCUGGAGGUGGAUACACCCAAAUCACCCCAGAGCAUCCUAGCUCUCUGUCUGCACCCUCCCAGCAAAACAUGGAGACAUCACCGAUGAUGGACGUGCCGUCGGUGUCGGACCACUCCCAGCAGGUGGUGGACAGUGGCUUCAGUGACCUGGGCAGCAUAGAGAGCACCACAGAGAACUACGACAACCCCAGCAGCUAUGACUCCACUAUGGGCGGAGGGGGCAACGGAACUGGAAACGGAGGGGGAAUGUCAGCUGCUGUAGUGGCAGGAGCCUCCACUGCCUCUUCAUCUUCAGCCUCCUCUUCCUCCAGCUCUGCGACCCCAUCUUCGUCCUCCCAGUCAAACAGCUGCUCCUUUGUGCCAGCCCCCAGCCUCACAUCUUCCACAGGAACUGGAGGGUCCCAGCUCGCAAUGGGUAGCUGUAGCCUCAUCCAGCAAACGGGCCAGGGGCCGAACAGCGGGCCAAGUGCCAGUAAUGUAGGCAGCGCUGUGCCCCAGCCGCCACCACCUCCACCGCCGUCCAACACCCCCAGCUGUGGCAUUAAGUCCCCUCAGAGCUGUGGUGUGAUUGAGAGACCUCCCAGCACCAACCAGCAACAGCAGCAGCAGCAGCAAUCCCAAAAAAAGGUUCCUCAGCAGCCCCCUCAGCAGCAGCAGCAGGCCCCCAACUCCCAGCCCCCACCCUCAGCGCCACCUCCACCCCCACAACAACAGCAGCAGCCCCUGUCCCAGUGUAGUAUGGGUAAUGGUUUUGCCUCUACACCCAUGAUCAUGGAGAUACCUGAGAGCGGAGGUGGAGGAGGGGGCCGUACACUUUAUGAGCGCAUGGGCCAGGACUUUGGCACAGGGGGCUACCCCCAACCCUCUGCAACUUUCAGCCUGGCUAAACUCCAGCAGCUCACCAACACCAUCAUGGACCCCCACGGCAUGCCCUACUCCCACUCAGCCUCUGUCACCUCCUACGCCACUAGUGUUUCUCUCUCCAAUCCCGGGCUGGCCCCUUCACCCCACACUCCCCUCCCUCAGGGCCAGCCCACAAUGACUCCACCUCCUAACCUGAGCUCCGGCUCUAUGAACCUGGGCUCCCUGCAGCUACAGUGCAACAUGCCCACCACCAACAUCGGCCUCGCCCCCCCCCCUCACACUCAGCGGCUUCAGGGCCAAAUGGCGACAGUCAAAGGCCACAUUUCUAUCCGUUCCAAAGCCACUCAGCAGCUGGCUCCAGCCCCACACCAGCAGCAGCUGUACGGCCGCAGCUCAGGGGCUGUUGCCAUGCAGGGAACGCCACGCACUUUGGCUGUGCAGCGCGGGAUGAUGCCAAACCUCAUGCCGACACCGGCACCAUACAACUCAAUGAACAUGACGCCGCUCAAUGCCAUGUCGGCCGGGUACCGAAUGCCCCAACCUAUGAUGAACAGUGGUUAUCACGGCAAUCCCCCUUACAUGAAUCAGCCAGCUCAGUACCCCAUGCAGAUGCAGAUGGGUAUGAUGGGAGGGCAGGGUUAUCCACAGCAGCCUAUGCAGCCCAAUCACCAUGGCAACAUGAUGUACACUGGCCCCUCGCAUCACAGCUAUGCUGGCGUCCCAAAACAGUCUCCUUACAUGAGCAGAUGAGCGAGUGAGAACUGAUAAAGGAGACGGAGCCAGAGCGGAUACUCGCUGUACUCUAAAUGUCCAUUACUCCUGUCCACCCUCUCCACUGCCACGGCAGGCACAAACGAGAGGAUUUAAAAGGAGACAGAGGGUCUUUGGGUUUCCUGUUUUUCUGUGUUGUCAUUUUGUCCCUUUUUAUUUGGGGUCAAUUUCCCUCCCCACCCAGCUGGCAGCGUAUUGGAGCAGGUCAGCAGAUUUGGGGUUGGUGUGUGAACAUGGACCUCAGCGGUGCCGUGCUGCUUCAGGCCAGACCUACACAGCCUUCUGUGGGUUCACACAAGCAUCUCCUCCUCCUUUCUAUGCUCAGGAGGAGAGAAGGGAAGGACAAGAAUGAAGAAGAAGAAACAGAAAAAGACAAUACAGGAAUACCUUGCUUUGACAGACUGCGAAUGAAAAAACAGUGAUUAUAUUCAACCAUGCACACAAUCUUUUAAUUGAUAUAGGAAGCCUUACCUUGAAAAAAGAGACGAUGAAACAAUGUAGGCGAACUCUUGUUUUGUUAAACAUAUUGUUGAAUCUUAUUUUUGUUGUUGUUUUUGUUCAACUUUUUGAAAUACUCGUGUGCAGUCCGACCUCUUAUAUGCUUUGGUCUUUAUACGUGUGGCAUUCUGAAAUAGCGAUACACCCUCUUGCUCUCUCAGAAAUACCUGAACAUCUCUGUGGCCACUCAGUCUAGCGGCUUUUCACCUCGGUUCAGAAAAGCAUUCGAGCUGGGCCUUCUGAGUCUUCCGGGAUGGACGGUGUUGUACCAAAAACACAGCAAAGACACGGAGGAGACGAGUGCGUUACUGUUUAUUGUUAUGUCCAUAAAUAAAACAAGUAGCAUUAUUUUCCAGUUUGCCACCAUUCUGAAACAUUUUAGAUGUAAAUAUUCUGGUACUUCCCAAUAUCCAGCAGUACAUAUAAACACACACACAGAGACACAAAUACACACUGGCUAGCUGUAACCGACCGGUGGCUAGCUCAGGAAAUCCAGCUGAUGGCACUCCACUGACAGACAGUGUGCAAUGUCAGCCUUUUUAGCAGUUUAAGGGAUGCGGAACAAACGGUGGAACUUCCAUGUAACUGCUUUAAGGAACGUCAGUUAACUCGAGCUGACCUCCCCUCCAUAAGUGUUAAUGACCCAAAGAGGUCGAGGACUCUGCUUUUUGAAUGGUGUAUUUUGUUAAAAGUGUAUAUUUUCUUUCCUGCAAAAUUCUGCACUCCCAUUGACUAGAAAUACGGCAGCAGACAGUCAGCCUUUAUAAAAGGUGUGCCUAAAUGCCUGAUCUAGUGCGUGGUCUGGCCCUCACUUUGAGCCACACUCGUAUAGAAGCAGGGUCGGGGCUGAGGAAGUGUUCGAGGUCCUGUCGGUUAUGGUGUUCUCAUGACGAAGGGCGACGUCGGUUCUCCAUGUACCAGUAUUCAAAGUCAAAAGAGGAGUUAUCAUUUUCUUACAGACCUGGCAUUGCAUACUUUUUCGUGUGUAUUGUUCUGUUCUGUACUUAUUAUUAUUAUUAUUAUUAUUUUGUUUUGUUUCUUUCUGAAUUUUAUCAGACUGGGCAGCUUUCUUUUAUGACACAAGCUGACUCUUUUUGACUUUAGAAAACCAAUUGUAGAGAAAAUGUUUUUUCUAUAAUAUAAAAGGAAAUUCUGACAUUGAUAUUGGUACUGUCAUUUUUUUCACUUCUGUUUCAGGAAAAAAAAAAAAACAAUACAUAUUUUUUAGCUCACCUCUUGGGUAAUAAUUACUAAGAAAUUCAAAAUUUAAAAAAAUUACCACUCACUUUUAGUGACUUUAAGAUGCCUUUAACCUCUCCAUUCCAUCUCAUCUCUAGAGUUUUUCUAUCUUUGUGUAGUAUAUUAAUGCUAUUUUAAACAAAAAGGACUACAAAUAUCUAAAGGUCACUUGGCAUUCUUUUCUUUAUUUUUUACUUGUGUGUGUAUAGGAUGACUUCCUUACAUUUAAGAGGCAUGUAAAAAUGAGCUCAGUAUAUUUCUGUCUGUUUAUAUCGCUUCCCUUUUUGUAUCCUUUGUAAUUGUACAUGUUGCGUUGUAUGCUAAGAGAGAGCGCAAAAUAAAGGAGGGAGUGACCGCUGGGCGCACCGUGAAGGUUGAUAACGCGCUCGGCAGCCUCGACUCUCUACUCUGUCCCUGUAUGUAUUUCCAUUUAUUCGUUUUUUUUGUUUUGUUUUUUUUCUUAGCAAGUACUUUCAAAGAACUCUGUACAUUUUAACAUAAAAUGAAAAUAAAUUAUGUUGAGCCAUUUA